AUGACACAAACGCCCGCAGAUGGAACCUUUCUUUCCUUGACCAAGCGCAAAGCCCGCGUGGAUCCAUCAGAAGUGCAGAAUGUCUUCGACCUUCUUCCAGCCGUAAGCCCCGAGUUUAUCUUUGGCGAAUGGGAAGCCCAUUUGUUGGCAACUGGCCAUCCUUCGGAUCCAAAGGCAGCAGCAUUGCUACCCAUCUUCAAAGUUUUCCGCUCCCGUACGUCUGUGGAUAAAUACUCGUUAGUGGGUGGGGAAAAGAAGCAUCUCCCUGGAUGGGGAAACUUGUUUUUGGCCGAAAUGACCUACCGAGGUAUUAGCUCUGCUGCCAUGAUCUAUGGUGAUUGCCCUGUGGUCGAUUAUCUUCGGUAUGUCGAUAACAACACUAUUGCCGGUGCUCAGUGGUCCUUAAAUCAAGACAAUGCCGGGGUGUUGUAUUUCUAUCUUACCAGGAAUUGA